CUGGACCCGCAGUACGGCAUGUAUGUGUGGCCCAGCGCCGUGGUUCUGGCCCAGUAUCUGUGGAAGAACAGACGGGAGCUGAGAGGGAAGACGGUGCUGGAGCUCGGCGCCGGGGUGAGUCUGCCAGGCGUGGUGGCGGCGCGCUGUGGCGCCGACGUCAUCCUGUCGGACAGCGCCGACAAGCCUCUGUGUCUGGAGAACUGCAGACGCAGCUGCGCCGCCAACGGCGUCCGGGACGUGCUGGUCCUGGGCCUGACCUGGGGACACGUCUCGCCGGCCCUGCUGUCCCUCCCCGAGCUGGACCUGGUCCUGGGCUCGGACGUCUUCUACGACCCGGACGACUUCGAGGAUGUUGUUGUGACGUUGGUUUGCCUGCUGAGGAAGAACCCGAGGGCCCAGUUCUGGACCACGUACCAGGUCAGGAGCGCCGACUGGUCCGUGGAGCCGCUGCUGCACCGCUGGGACCUGAGCUGCCGGGAGGUUCCUCUGGACCGGUUCCAGGCCCACGGACCCGAGCUGGCCGGGUCGGGUCUGCCGGGAAACCACAGCGUCCAGAUGAUGAUCAUCACCAGGAAGACGGAGCGGGACCGACCAGAACUGUCCCAGGAGGUUGAUCCUCUGAACUGCUAGAACCAUCUGGACCUGGAACAGGUUUCUGUGUCUGCAGCUGAAGGACGUGCACAGUUCUGACGUACCCCUUUUCAACCAAACCGGUUCCAGGUCUGG